GACUUUCACAUGUAAUAAACAGGAGUGAGACACCGAGGAAGAGAGGACGAAGAAGAGGGCGGACAUGUUGAUUUAAAGGAAGAAGAAACACAAUAGAGGCGAAUUAUUUCAAGUAAAAUUCAGCUGUUGAAGCAAAUUGUAAAGAAAGUAGUUGAUCAACCGCACACCGAGUAUCCCUUGUAAAAUAACAGAGAAACUAAGGUGAUAAAUUUGAGUUGUUGGCUGACUUAGAGGAGGCAGCGGGUUGAUCACAGCCACAUCUGAACACUUCACACACCGAUCUGAAGACCUGUGGUGUUCACCUGAAGGAGAAAGAAAACGCACACUGAGUAGUCAAAAGGGGUGAAAAGCUUUUUGGCUUUGGACUAGACCCCCUUUUUUCAUUCGUGAUUUCAGGAUUCAGUUUUUCUCACACGCAAGCAACAUAAAUCCACACAGUGGAAAUUAAAAGAGAGCAUUAUAAACUAUAUGACUUUGGGGAAAGACUUGUACAAAGUUGGACAUCCUUUUUUUUCCAAGGACAAGGAUAUUGAGCAACUCUUUUGGACUCAAAGUGGAAACAGGAUACAUUGUUCAAUUUAGAAACGUUGAACUAAGAUUACAUUGAAAAAGCUGUUCCCCAAGUUCAGAUUGCCUUAGUUGUUCUAUUUCAGGACUUGAAGCGCUUUGAUACUUGUUCACAUAUAAUUUUUCUAUAUCGUGGGCAAGUAAAUUCAUGCAUAUGAAUGCAAAUUUCUCUUCAUUUUGAAGAGCUCUUGUGUAUAAAGGUGUUUUUUUUUGUUGUUGUUGUUGUUUCGUACGUCAGUCACUCUGUUGUUGAAGGGGACCGAACUGCACGUACAUGUGUAUAUGUAAAUACUAUGAAUUGACUUCUGUUGUGAAAGCUUUGGACUUUGGGAAAAAAUAGAGAAUAUUGUUUGUUAAUGCUUUAUUAAACUUUUUUACUUUUGAAGAGGAUUUUUAAAAGAAAAACCUAAGAGGCAAAAAUCUAAUACUUUUGAAGAAAAAUUAAAAAAACAAAAGGAGGAUAAACAGGAAAAAUGGCAACCGCCAGAACAGAAAACGUUGGCUCAGUCGUCAUGGGACUGAACAAGCAGAACGGGCAGCUCAGAGGACAGACCAAACCAGCUUCAGUCCAGUCAACACCCACAACUCAAGGAAAAGGUUUGGGUGCACCCCAGAUAGCAGGCGGUGCCUCUCAGGACGGAGGAGGCAUCAAGUUUGGAGAUGACUGGAAAAAGAGCCUAAAGCUCCCUCCCAAAGACAACAGGGUCAAAACCUCAGAUGUGACGUCCACUAAGGGGAAUGAAUUUGAAGAUUACUGUCUCAAAAGAGAACUCCUGAUGGGCAUCUUUGAGAUGGGUUGGGAGAAACCUUCUCCCAUUCAGGAGGAGAGCAUUCCCAUCGCGCUGUCUGGACGGGAUAUUCUGGCUCGGGCUAAGAAUGGAACAGGGAAGAGUGGAGCCUAUCUCAUCCCACUGCUGGAGAGAAUAGACCUGAAAAAGGACCACAUACAGGCGCUCGUAAUGGUGCCCACCCGUGAGCUGGCGCUGCAGGUGAGUCAGAUCUCCAUCCAAAUCAGCAAACAUUUGGGAGGAGUGAAAAUCAUGGCCACCACCGGGGGCACAAACCUGCGAGAUGACAUCAUGCGCCUGGAUGAGACCGUGCAUGUGGUCAUCGCCACGCCUGGAAGGAUCCUGGACUUGAUAAAGAAGGGGGUGGCAAAGGUGGAUAGAGUCCAGAUGAUGGUGAUGGAUGAGGCGGAUAAGCUGCUGUCUCAGGAUUUUGUGGUGCUCAUCGAGGAUAUCAUCAGCUUCCUGGCCAAGAAUAGGCAGAUCCUGCUCUACUCUGCAACCUUCCCCAUCAGCGUGCAGAAGUUCAUGGCCAAGCACCUUCAGAAACCCUAUGAGAUAAACCUGAUGGAGGAGCUGACUCUGAAGGGCAUUACUCAGUACUACGCCUACGUCACAGAGAGGCAGAAAGUCCACUGCCUCAACACACUGUUCUCCAGGCUUCAGAUCAACCAGUCAAUUAUCUUCUGCAACUCCACUCAGAGGGUGGAGCUCUUGGCCAAGAAGAUCACUCAGCUGGGCUACUCCUGCUUCUACAUCCACGCCAAGAUGAUGCAGGAAUAUAGAAAUCGUGUGUUCCACGACUUCAGAAAUGGGCUUUGCAGAAACCUGGUCUGCACUGAUCUCUUCACCAGAGGUAUUGAUAUCCAGGCUGUCAAUGUCGUCAUCAACUUCGACUUCCCCAAGAACGCCGAGACUUACCUCCAUCGUAUUGGAAGAUCAGGGCGGUUCGGUCACCUGGGCUUGGCCAUCAACCUGAUCACAUCAGAGGACCGAUUCAACCUGAAGGCCAUCGAAGACCAGCUGGUGACCGACAUCAAGCCCAUUCCAGGCAGCAUCGACAAGAGCCUCUACGUGGCCGAGUACCACUCGACCGGCCCAGACUGUGAUGCGGACGAGGUCGAGGAGAAACCAGGACAACAGCAACAACAGGACAGCACCUAAAGCAGGACAGUCGGGCACAUCGGGCUUUUGCAGCGCUUGCACACAGGCUUCAGGCAACUCUUCAGUUUCACAUUUCCCCCACGUUUUCAGAGCCCGUCGAAUGGAUAUAAAGGCUGUUUUUUAUUUUUUCAUUUAUUUUUUUUUUUAACAUUUCCUGAGCUUUUCCUCAAGUGGAGCUGCCUCAUUCUUUUAAUUUUCUAAGUUAAACUGAAUUGUUUUGCACCAGACUCGGAGUGAACCGUGCGUCCUGCGUGUGACCUCAGGCUGUUUCUCCUUAAAAUUUAUCUUGGUUAGUCAGCAGGGCAAAUGAGUAUCAAAGCUGUUAUGAACCCGUCGUCCUUGGAGACCGUUUUCAUCGCCAGCGGCAAGGUCGGUCCCGUUCCAGUGUUACAGUGGUGCACUUACACCAGCCAUCGCUCUGUCCACUUACACUGUUGUCGUCACUUAAGUGCCUUACUUGCUCCCAUGUGCACUCAUCCAUUCAUAGCCUGCUGCCUUCUGUCACGCAGCAGAGUACGAGCACAAAAAAUAUGAAUUUGAUAGUGACCCGAGUUUAUUUAAACAUCCAUUAUGCAAGGGGAAAAGACCACACACACACACACAUACACACUCUAACUCUCCCGCUGAGAGGUGUGCUGAAACACUGCUCAAACUCCUUAAAACAAAAAAAAUAACAUCCUGAAUGUGAACGUUGCAAUAAAAAAAAAAAAAGAACGGGCAGCUUUAUCUAAAUACUGCGUGACUGUUUUUCCCUUUCGCUUUGAAUAAUACACGAGCUGACGUGAGAAGACGGCCAAACACACAACCCCCCCCCCAUUCUGAUUCAUGGAUGUUAGCCUGCAACCACACAAACGGCUCGCGAGAUGGAAAGCAGCCUCGUGCUGUGAAUCUGUGGCUGUUGCUGGUGAAUUCACCUGCAGGCAGCUGUGGUCUGGAGGCUCUUUCACAUGGGGGGGGGGGGGUCAUACUGAGCUGGUGAAUACUGUAAACCACGACCACUGUCGCUGUAGCUGAAAAACUGGUUUCCCCUCCUGUAGCACAGGACUACUGCAUCAGAGGUCGGUUCAGAAGAGUUUUGACAGCCACAUUUGUCAUUACUAAGCUGAUAGAUAAUCGUGCAUGCGUAGGUCCAGGGACGAAAUGUUUUGUUUGUGUUUGGUGUUUUUUUUUGUCAAAGUCUGUGCAAAACAAUAGUUUAACUUCUGUCCUUUUCUUUUCUCCCCACCGCAUCAGAUUCAGCUGUAUUCUGGAGUUAAUUACAAAAGCAUUUUGUCAGGUCCUAAAGUCAGACUUUCUUUUUAAGCCCCAUUGUGACAAAAACUGAAGUCGGUGAAUGUAUUUGUUGCCAGUGUGUACUCUCUAUAGCCCAGUGGCUGAACGCCAAACUCUUCAGCGUAUUGGACCGUGAUUUGUUUUGCUGCUGUUGCAUUAGAAACUCCUCUCCAGGCUUUGCUUUUAUGAAAUGGUUUCAUGGACCACAGUGUGAUGAAACCUGCUCAGUCUACAAAGGACCACACUGACCUUCAGUUGACCUACGACUACAAUUAGGAAACAAACGUCCGGGUUGUCUCUGCAGCAGCAGAAAGGGAGGGCGAGGGGUGGGCUCUGCGUUUGAAAGCAAAAUUGUAGCAUCUUUGAACUGGCAGCUGUGACUUCUGUUUGUUUUUUUUGUUUUUUUUUGUUCUCCCCUAACAGAGCGUCAGUAAUGCUAAAAAAAAAAAGAAAAAGACAUAAAAAAGAAAGUAUUUUUACUUUUAAGAUUUAUUUUUGAUGUUGCUUAAAGCAGUUUGAAGGGGUGGGGGGGGGGGGCUGUGAGGCUUUAGCACUGGGUAACUUCUUGAGGUUUAUUGAGGUUUAUUUUGGGUGGGUUUGCAGAAGCCAAGUGUUUUAUCAGGUGCUCUCUGGGCAUCUUGAAUCUUUCCUUCUCUCUGGUACUGAAAGCAAAGACGAAAGCUUCGAUUCAGAGUUGUUUUUCCCUCGAAAGCCUACGCACGACGCUGUUGGCUUUGCGUUUUAAGUGCCGGAGUGAGCGUUAAGUCUAUACAGGAGUGAGUUUCUGAAAAGCGCUUGAAGCACUGUGAUCUUCUCGAACCUGCUUCGCGUCUGUGUGGCGGGUGGUCAAAGUGCUGUGGUUUGCUUUCAGCAACUCAGUCCGUUUUCCACUAAGGCAAUCUUUAAUACGAGGUGUUAUGAAUCAUUUGGAGGAAACAAAAUGGUAAAUGAUUCAUUGUUUACACUAGUCGUUUGCAAUUAUACAGAAAAAGAAAAUUACUUUGCUUCAUGGGUGGCAGAGGAGGAGGAGGUCGAGUUGGGGUUUUUUUGUUUUGUUUUUUUCCUUCAAAUAGAUUUUCAGGAUUCACAUUGAAGCAAAACCAAAAAAGGAGAAUGUCGUGUGUGUAUGAGAGAGAGAGAGAGAGACCUUUAGCAGUGUGUGUGUGUGUGUGUGUGUGUGUGUGGGAGAGAGAGGAAGAGAGAAAGAUGACUGCUUGAACUGUGUGUGUGUGUGUGUGUUUGCGUUUGAGUGAGAAGACCAUGAGAUGCAUGUUUGAAGCUGUGACAGGCGACAUUUUGUUAAGAAUCGUCGCGUUUGCGUGCAGCUUCGGCUGAAGCGUCCGUCUGGAUUGUCUGCAUUAGCAGCUCGUCUUUGGGGCAAAGCAGCCUUCACUCGAGUAACCCGAGCUGCGUCGGUUAGCCGUGUGGGUGAACAGUCUGAAGCUGCAUGUGAGCGUACGUCUUUUAUUUCCCUCCCCUGUGUCUUCGCGUGCAGUUUGUGUUUUUGUUGGUGGCGUACGUUGUCUCAAAUGUCAGUAUGGAUGUUUACAGUUGUCAGGGAUGUGAUUUUGUUUGUUUGUUCGUUUCGCCUUCUUUUCAUCUCUCGCUUCCUCCAGGAGUUCAAGUUUGUGGACAUAAAUCUCAUUUCUAAGUCAUGUUGAUGUUUUGAUCACAUCCCUGACAAUCAUUCCAUAAUCUCCUUUGUGACUUAACACACGUUUAUGUGUGAACCUCGGAAGACUUUGAGAGGAUUGCUGUGGGGUUUUUCAUGUUCUUUUGUUGUUGUUUGUUGCAGUUUUUUUUUGAGGAGGACAACAUUAAUAACAUCUCUCUGCUGUUGUCACUAACGGCAUGAUGUCAUCCCAGACCUUUGCCUGGAAUCUGUUCCCGAAUGCUUAACAAAGAAGAAAAAACGACCCUUUUAUUACAACUUCAUUAUUCUUGUAGUUCCAGCCAUAUGUUAAAACUGUGCCAUUAUUUUAACUCGCCAAAGCAAACGCUGGCGGCUCAGAGCAACUCGGCGCGGCUGCUGCGGGACGUUUCGAGAGCUCAGCACUAACUUGUGGUGAGAGCAGUUGCAUCAGAGUGACGUCUGGAGCCGCGAAACUUUUGCCGGUUUUGACAGCGUGGGUUUAUAAAAUUUUAUGUCGGAGCGAACUCGUGCAUCAGCGGUCACAAAGGAGGUUAUGAUGAAUGUCGAGUGAGUCAGUCGGUUUUUUGUUUUUUUUGUCUGGUGUUGUCGAUGCGUCUGUGUGUGCGCUCUGACCUGUGGAGUCAGGAGUGCUGACGGGUGGGAGGGAUAUUUGUCCAAUUAUUAAAAAAAAAAAAAAAAAAAAUCGAGGGUGGGGGGUUACUGUUAAAAAAUGGAAAGGGUGAGGAUUUGGGUACAAAAUAUGGCAGUUUUGGGGAUUCUGCACAAUCUGAAUUGGUCAACAAAGGAAAAUCUCUGAAUUCAAAGUACUGUUUAUGGCAGAACGGCCAUAAUAACGUUUCUACUGUGCGUAGCUAAUCUGAAUUGGACGUCUUAAUUUGCUGCACUAAUGUAGACUCGCCCUUGCUUCAGGUGACAUCAGCCAAACUUAAUGAUGAACUCUGCAGAAUUUUAGUAAGCUGAUGGUAACAACAGUAUUUCCCCUGCAACAUGGAUAGAAGACUUUCAAUUGGCUUUCAAAUUUGUUAUUUUUCUGGUUGUUUUAUUUUUCUUAUUUUUUUUUUUCUCCAGUUCCAGUGUACUGGGUUGGGUUGGAAAGGAGUGGUAAUACAGUGACUCUAAAUUGGCUUUCAGAAAUGUUGUCAUGCUUUUUUAAAGAAAAAAGAAAUCAAAUGUUUCCAUUUAAAAUAAACAAACCCUCCUGUAGAGUUUUUAUUUGAUUUGUUCAGUCUUCUCCAUAUUCUCUGGUAUCUUUUUGAGGUCCCGCUUCUCCCAAGAUAAUUUUCAGCCCGCACAUUGAAGAGAGUUAACAUCCAUUUUGGACUUGAAUUGUAAUAGCUUAAAACCAGACUCCAUGUUUAGGACGUCUGUUUAUUUUCUCUCCCUCACUGUCCCAUGAUUUGUUUUGGUGCCAUUGUGUUAAUCACUCUGUCUUCUACUGUUGUAACGUGGAAAUACAUGCAGGGGUUUCAAAUUGAAUAAACUGAACUCAAAUUUA